UUGAAGACGAGCAGGCGACAAGUGUAAACAAUGAAUGUAAAUAAUAUGGAAGUUCUAAAAUGAGGAAAGCACAUUUUGAGAAUAUUUAAAACUUAUUGACCUUUAUUUUAUUUAAUAUGGCACAUAUGUUUAGUGGAGCUUUGCAGUUAACUGACUUAAAUGAUUUUAUUACUCCUUCUCAGGAAUGUAUCAAACCUGUAGUGCUGCAAAAGAAGGAUAAUAGAAGCUCAUCGGUGGUCAUCUCGGAUGAUGGAAACUAUUUUGAAACUAACGAAGAUGGAUCAAAAGAACCGUUACAAAAAGCCAAAAUAACUUUAAAUGAUUGUUUAGCAUGUAGUGGGUGCAUCACUUCUGCAGAGAGUGUUCUGAUUUCUCAGCAGAGCCAGGAAGAAUUUUAUCGUAUUAUGAAAGAGAAUUUGGUUCAUUCUGAAGCAGGUGAUCUUGAUAAAAUUAAAAUUGUUGUGGUUUCUGUUUCACCUCAGUCAAGAGCUUCUUUAGCUGCUAAAUAUAAUUUAACUGUUGAAGAUACAGCGAAGAGACUGACAAAGUUUUUUCACAACUUAGGGGUGACAUUUGUAUUUGAUACAACUCUGUCUAGAGAAUUUUCUCUCAUUGAAAGUCAGAAAGAAUUUGUCCUUCGUUAUAGGAAGAAAGACAUACAGUCUGGAAUGUUGCCUAUGUUGUCUUCAGCAUGCCCAGGUUGGAUAUGUUAUGCUGAAAAAACUCAUGGUGAUUACAUUUUACCAUACCUUAGUUCUGUUAAAUCCCCUCAGCAAAUUAUGGGAUCACUUGUGAAAGAUUAUCUCUGUAGCAAACUAAUGAAAAGACCAGACCAGAUUUAUCACGUGACUGUUAUGCCUUGCUUUGACAAAAAACUGGAAGCUUCAAGAAGUGAUUUUUAUAGUGAUACACAUCAGAUUCGUGAUGUUGAUUGUGUUCUAACAUCAAUUGAAAUUGAAGCUAUGUUGACUACAGAAGGUGUCUCAUUAAAUAUGAUCGAACCUGAAAACUUGGACUGCUUCAUAAGCAAGGAAACUCCUUUUCCACCAGAACUUUAUACACAUUUAGGAAGUGCCUCUGGUGGAUAUUGUGAUCACAUCUUCAUGUAUGCUGCCAAAGAACUGUUUGGACAAACAUUAUCUAAAUUGGAAUACAAAAUUUUGCGAAACCAGGAUUUUAGAGAAAUUACUUUAGAAAAAGAUGGAGAAGUUAUUCUCAGGUUUGCAAUAGCAAAUGGUUUUCGGAAUAUUCAAAAUAUUGUGCAGAAAUUAAAAAGAGGAAAGUCUCUGUAUCACUUUGUUGAAGUGAUGGCAUGUCCAGCCGGUUGUAUAAAUGGUGGUGCUCAAAUUCGACCUAUGGGUGAAUCUCCUAAGGAGCUGUUGUUGAAAGUAGAACAGUUAUAUCAUUCUUUGCCUGUAAAAAAUCCAGCACAAGAUAGUUUACUUAAGGAUUUAUAUGAAGACUGGCUAGGUGGAGAAGACACAGGAAAAGCAAAGCAAAUGCUGCACACUCAAUAUCAUGCUGUACAGAAAAUGAAUAAUGCAUUACUAAUUAAAUGGUGAAAUAAAUGGCAGACUAAAUACAUUGACUUUUUGUACAACAUAUGACUGUUAUAAAAAUGGUAUACUAUUAGGAUUAUAUAAUUUUAAUAAAGAUUUAAGUUCUAUUUAAUUAUA